ACAAAUGCAAGAGGAAGGCAGCGUGGACUCCAUUGAAAUGGCUUUAUUAUUGCUCAGAUAGGAUUAAACACGAAGCGAAACACGACACCAAACUUUCACAUGGGGUUUCUAACGACACCAGGGAUCAGAAGAGAAGGUGGCGAGACUAACAUGAGUCACUGAGUUUUCCACAAUAAAGAAGACUUUGUUGCUUAACCCAUCUAAUUUUCUACUGGAGGUGGAUAUCAUCCAAAGACGACUGGGACACGAGGUGGAAGAAUAAUUCACAAUAAGGAACAGAGAUCGGUGCUCGGCGAUGCCUCAGCCCAGCAUCAGUGGAAUGGAUCCUCCCUUUGGGGAUUUCUUUCAAACUUAUACUUUUGCUGACCAGGCACUAACCAGCACAGACCUGUUGGCGAGUAACACAGACCCAGACUUCAUGUACGAACUGGAUAGAGAUAUGACCAAUCGCCAAAGCCCUAAAGGUGAUCACUCCACAGUGGGGGACUACAAGGAGAUGGAGUGUGGGGAGUACCUCUUGGAGCUGGUGGACAGUGACCCGGACUACAGCUCCAACUUUGAGCAGUGGGAUACGUACUGGGAGGACAUGACCAAGUACACCCGCUUUACCAGCUGUGACAUCUGGGGCACCAAGGAGGCAGGCCUGGAUGACUUCUCUAGCCCCUACCAGGACGAGGAGGUGAUUGGCCAGACCCCCACCCUGGCCCAGCUCAACAGCGAGGACUCGCAACCACCUGUGUGUGACACGCUUUACCACCCUGAUCUGCUGAUGGGGGGCCAGAAGCAGCACUCCUCCCUCCCCCCACUCUCCCUGGGCAAGAAGAUGGCCGCCCGCCUGGGCCCCUCGUUCUCCGCCUCCUGCUCCAACCUGGUCAGGGACCCCCUGGGUGACUUUGCAGAGGGUUCCCUGAGCGCCACUUGGCCUGUCCCCUCCACCACAGAGACUAUGUCCAAGGCCCAGGGUCCCAGCAAGAUGGCUGCUCUGGGCCACCACUGCAACGACUAUGUGCGCAAGGCCACGGUUCGCGUCAGCAUGCCUUGCCGGCCCCUAGUCGACAUGCCCAUGGCCUCCCAUCAAAUUGAGUCUGAAGACCACUCCCCAUACCCCAGCAAGCCUCCUGAGGUGGCCACCACGUCUGGCUGUGCUGCCCCUGUGGCUGCUCCUGCUACUGCAGCCUCUGCCUCUGCCAGCAUCCUGGCCUAUGAGAAGAGAGAAGAGCUGCCUUGCCGGGUGAUGCCCCCCGCCUCAGUGGGCACAUCUGGAGCUGUGCCCCCCAUCCUCCACUACCCUGUGGCUGGGGCCAAGGCCAGUGAGUCUCUGCUGACUGCCAGUGGGAGUGCCCUGGGACAUGACCCAGUCUCUGACAAAAAGAAGGAAGAGGAGCACAACUACUCCCUGUUCCUAACCCGAGCCAGGCUGGCUGGGAAAACCCUCACUGAGAUGGAUGAGGAGGAGGAGGAAGAAGAAGAGGUGGGGGAGAUGGAGGAUGAGGAAGAUGCUGAGGGGGUGGAGCUGGAUGAAGAUCAUGAUGAGGGUUUCGGCAGUGAGCAUGAGCUCUCUGAGAACGAGGAUGAUGAUGAUGAGGAUGAUGAUGAUGAGGAGGAUGAUGAUUAUGAGGGCGAUAAAGAUGACGACAUGAGUGACACCUUCUCCGAGCCAGGUAGCCAUGUAUCAGGAUGUGACAAUGACACGGUGGGGGACGUCAAGGGCCUGACAGCAGGGAUCUCCAGGAAGAGGGGCAAACGCCGCUACUUCUGGGAGUACAGCGAGCAGCUCACCCCCUCUAAGCAGGAGCGCAUGCUUAAGCCCUCCGAGUGGGACAGACAGACCCUGCCCAGCAACCUCUACCAGAGGAAUGGCCCACACCACGGGAAGUACAAUCUGAAGAAGUCUCGACGGACGGACGUGGAGGACCUAACCCCUAACCCUCGGAAGCUGCUGCAGAUCGGUAACGAGUUGCGUAAGCUCAACAAGGUGAUCAGUGACCUGACCCCGGUCAGCGAGCUGCCCAUCACAGCCCGCCCUCGCUCCCGCAAGGAGAAGAACAAACUGGCCUCCAGGGCCUGUCGGCUGAAGAAGAAGGCUCAGUAUGAGGCCAAUAAAGUCAAGCUGUGGGGUCUGGGCACAGAAUAUGAUCGGCUUCUGUUUGUCAUCAACACCAUAAAGGAAGAGAUGGUGAACAGAGUGCAGGAUAUCUGCGACAAGGAAACAAGCAUGACUGAAACGUUGGACAAACUCAUCGAAGAAACCCUUGUGAAGUCGCCAGUUGCCGGGGAGACUUCAGACUUUGUGAACCAGAUCCUGGAGAACACUGGCAAGGGGGAUCCCACCGGAGGUCUGGUCGGGCUGCGCGUACCCACAUCUAGAGUGUAGACAGGCCCUGUAGAGAGGCCUGGUGAUGGCACACUCCAAGCCAUCCCGCACCAUUCUUGUCCCACACUGUAACGGCACACCCUCUGCAUGUCCAUUCCAUCCGGAAACUCAUUCCCAAUGCUGAGUGGGAAGACAUACAUAUACCAUAGCUUCACAUGUAUGUAUUCACACAAUGCGCAUGUACAGAAAUGAAACUAGUAGCUAUCUCUGCACUUAGUAGUCUGUUACUUGCCAUUUGUUGCAAGUGGCUAGUGACCUUCACGAGCCACAGCGUUGCGAUUUCAAAGCCAAUAUAUGAAACGAUAACUCUUGAAAUGUUUUAUGUUGAGAAGUGAAGCAAAACAGAAUGAUCAUCAGUUCUAGCUGUAGCCAUUUCCUGUAGCGUUCAAACGACCCGUUUCAUGUCUGCGUACCAGAGUGGGAACGCCAACACAGGAUGCAGUUCUAUUUAGUGAGCCGACAGGAGAUCUUCAAUAUAAAUAUUCUCCUGUCAAUCCCAUGUCCUUUUAAUCAGCUGCCUUGUUAUUAUGCCACCUUACUGAACUGUGUUCCCAGUGAAGAACAGCCACUGUGUAUUCCAUAGUGUAUACUGUUAGGAACACCUAAUACCUAUUGAUGCCAGUUGUCUGUUUUCCCAUUCUUGUACCACGGUAUUUACAUAGGAGGAGAAAAUGUAACCCUAUACAUGUCAACCUGCAAACCACAUCAUAAGACAACAAAAACACAGAAGCACCUGAAAUACUACUAAUAUUAAGGAAAGAAAUAGUAUAUUUUGAGGGAAUGAUUCUUUUUUUAAAAAAGUAAAUGUUUGGGGGUUACACAUUUAGGACAUGAAUGCAGUGAGGAAGGUUGGUUUGCGAUUUAGCCUGAUUGUUUCUGUUCCUGUGUUUCUGCAGCUGAGAAGAUAUUUCAAAUGGACUUGAGCAGAAGGCUAAGAUCCUAAAUCGUCUCGACUAUAAGCUAGAUGAUGUGAUUACAACAAUCAAUUUUCUCUUUCUAUAUACACUUUGUUUGGAAGUGUCUUCAAAUGAAAAUGCCUUUGGCUUCUUGCGAAGUAGGGAUGAGAGCGCUAAAAGUUCGGAAUUCCUUAGUUUGGGGUGUUAGUAUUUGUAUUUGAUCAGAGUACUAUUCAUUGUGCCUUGUAUUUAAAGUGAGAUGAUUACAAAAACUCCCAGAGGUUGAAGGAUAGUGGACCAUUUUACAAUGAGGGAGAGCAGAACAUGGUGCAGGGAACGUCACGGUGUGGGUUUGUAAUGUAUUUCUGCUCUUUAAAAAUAUUCUGAAUGUACAUAUGAACAUGGAACAUGUAGAUAUAUGCCACAGAGUCUGUGCAUUGUAUUAUAAGAUGGCUCUGACAAACAUUUACUUUAGUUAUCGGUACUUGGACUUUGGGAAUGGGUGGGUUUAAAAAAAAAUAUUCGUAUAGAAUUUCAAAAUAUUUGCACACUAUAUUUUGAUUUGUUUUCUUUUGUACCAAAGACACAUGCAACAAAAACGGUGACUAGCCAGAUAAAGUAAGGUUUUGCACAGCUUACCUGACACCGUAUUGAAUGUAGGAAAUGUGGUAGGGUCAGGGAUUUUCAUUGAACUGUGAAAUUCGCUUGGGUCCAAUUUAUGUCCUGAAAGAAGCAUUCAUUAACAUUUUCUAAAAGGCUUGCUCUGUCAGUUGGCUUCUCAAGUAGAUUACUUGGAAACAUUUUGAUAGAUUCCUGAAGUUACUACUCCCACCUCUUUUUAUUGUGCUUUGGCACAAAGUAGAAAAGGGAUGGAGCGCAAUUUGGAUGUUUUUUUUUAUUUUACCUGUCAAAACGUCAAUCACAUAACCAAAAGGUAUAUAACUUGUAUCAUUUAUGUAGGUGAGAUGGAUACACAUACAUCAUUGACAUGAUGUGAUUUAUGUUGUGUAUUUAUAGUACUGUCCAUUCAUGCAUACAGUACAUCUAUCUAUUAUGAAUUGCCACUUUUUCAAAUUGAUACGUUUUAAUAAGCAUGACACAUUUCUAAGGUCUAUCCUCACAUUCAGAGAAACUUUGGAGGGGGGGUGACAAAGAAAGAAAAUAUUUUUGUAAUAUUUGCCUCAACCUUUUUCUGUUGGUGUGCAGGUAUUUCAUUUGAGAGAGAUACAUUUCUGGAGUGUGACUCUGCAUAAGAUAAGGAAGGGUUCCUCUGUUUUUUGUGAAGAUGGUAUAGUUUUUUUUUAGGCGUUCUGAAAGUAAGUGGUUGAAUAUCAUGGAUAUCGUUAUGGUUUCUUUGUGCCCUCAGCCUCAGUUCUUGACACAAAGCUGCUCCGUUGCACUGUCAUGGGGAAGAUUGGUAGAAAAUGUAUGGAUGAGGAUUCUCAAUUGAGUACUUGCAAUUGUAGUCUUAACCUGUUACGAUCUCAGCCCAGAUGAAAUGAGACGCGCAGCUUUUUAGAGAUUGCUUUUAGCUCAAGCAUCUCUCUUUGCUGCUGCAACUUGUCGAUCUUCUCAAUUUGAAGGACUAGGUUUUCUAAUUCCAAGAGAAUGUGGUGAUUUAAGGCUAAAUUUAAUCAAAUUGGCACAGCUGCAAACCCUCCCUGCGGAACAGUACCAUUGUCCCUAUGCUGAACAAAAGGCAUGUUUUAAUUGAAAAUGUUUUAUUUUAUCCAGUGAGCAUCUUAUUUGAGUUCUUACAUUAUCUGAACAUGCCUUUCCGUUUGCUGUAGAGGGACAAUGUUAUUGUUCUGCAAAGCAGGUCUCCCACACUGCACGCCAUGGACUGAUUAACUCAUGAUUUUAAUUAAAAGGGGAGAAAAUCUACUUUCUCUGAAACUAGAAUGAUACUUUAUGUUUCUAAUAAAAUAUCUUAUUCUACUUUGUUAGUGUAGUCAAGAUUCUCUAUAUACCAUCCAUGGUUUGUUUUUGUAGUGUUUCAUUUUGUAAAUAGAUUAAGCUGAAAUGUAUCUUCUAAAUAUUAUAUUUGUAUAGUAUAUUAUGUAUUACGUGUAUGGAAAAAGAAAGCACUUUGUUAAAAGGAAAAUACAAACAAAAAGUUUUUAAAAAUUCCUUCCAUUUGCUGCUAAACCGACCUUGUUUGAAUGCUGCAGUGUGUGCUUGACUUCUGUAACCUGAUCAGGACAGUGUGUUGGGGAAGUCUUAAGAGGGCAAUCAACAUUUUGGUUAUAAGGCCCCUAUGUUUUGAAUGACUCUGAGUCUAACGUCAUGAAUUAAUUUGCCUUCAGUAGAGAUUUCCUAUGGAAAAACAAAUUCUGCUUUGGGUUUUUCUUCAGGUUGAUGUACAGUGUAGACUCAUUUCUUCUGGGCAUUUGCCAGAGUUAUAUUGUUAUAAUUUUUUUAGUAAUUUGUACUUGUAACUUAAUGGGGAGGGGGAGACUGAGGUACUCACAAAGGCCCAUGUCCUUUUGUGAGUGCCUCAGAAGGAAAACUAUCAAUGUACUGUAUGGCAAGUAAUUUGUGGUGGAAAUGUAAUCCGGAUACUCUUUGCCUUUUCAAACACCCAUCCAUUCACGUAAGAUGGCCAAUAGUUGGUUCAAUUGCACGGCAGUGUUUCUGUGGAAACCGAUAUCAGCCAAUAUUGUACAGUCUACAACCAAGAACUCCAACCUGGUGAUAUGCUCAAAUCAACAAUGGCUUCUCCAUUGGGAUCAUUGAUGGCAAGUGAGGUUGAGCUAGGGGAAUUGAUGUUAUGUAAGAUGCUAGUAAAACAUCUUAUCUAGAAAGAGUGCUGUGAGUAGCUCAUUCUAGUGUCAGGGGUGUUUCCACACAGGUUUUCACAUUUAACAUGAUGGGCGCAAGCUGUGCAACUUUACAUUCUAGCCAGGAGACUCUGUGGCAUUUUAACAGUCAAGGAAGUGGUUGUCAUUCAAAGCCAGUAAAUAUUCCUUCUGCUCUAUUGACAUCAAACAUAUAUAAACAGAAAUUAAGCUAUUUAUGUAAUCCAAAUUGUUGCGAUUUUAUUUCUGCAGUUCAAUAAUAUUGUGUGCGUUAAUGGAGAGUCAAUGUAAAACAAAAUGGUGCGAUGGAUAAGAAUAGUCAACGGCCAAUGGACUUGUAAGUAGAAAUAUUUUUCCUAGAUUUGCUUUUCUUUAUACUCUUAACAUGUGUAAACAUACACAAAUGUAUUUUUCAAAAGGGAAAUGAUUUUGCUUUAUAGUUUUGAUCCAACCUGGGUUUUACCAUGCUGCUGGUCAUCUAUGGUUGGUAAUUCCUAAAUGUUUAAUGUAUGAAAAAUAUUAUCGUUUAUGAUACAUUACAUUUUAUUUGCUAACAAAUGAUCACAUUUGAGUCAACCUUAUGCUAUAGUCUUAGACCUUCUGCUAAGUCUAUAGAUGUCUAAUGGCAGCGUUACCCAACAGUUAGAUCACAAUGCGAAAGUGACCGUACUCGAUUUGUUCCAAAUGGCUACAGUAGACUAGAGAGGAGGCGGCAAGCGUGUCUUGUCCCCUUUUUUUUCCCUCCUUUUUUUUUUGUUCAAUUCCUGAUAUGAUUUUGGCUUGCUUUUUGUAUGUAGUGGUUUGUAGUGUGUGAUGACAAUGUUCUUAAAAUGGUGCACUAUGCAGGUCUUACUCGUAAGACGGUGUUUCUUUAGUUUUCAGCUGUCUCGUGUCUGAGCAGAGCAUUUUAUUUGACGUUCUACAAAGACAUUUCCAUAACCCUAUGGAGUUGUUCCUAGUGGUGAAAGGCAGGUGGGGGGUUGAGUGGAGGUAUUCCCUCUGAAAUGGAGGAGCCAGGCGUGUGUAACGGAGAACGGCCCGUCUCGUUGAACACUGCUAAAUUGACAUGUUCUUCUUUCCAUCUUAUCUAACCAGUGGAAUGCUUUUGUGUUUUUGUUUUAACCUGUCAUUAUAAAGGACCCUGUAAAAUGCAUUCUGCCAUUACAUAUACCUUUUCCCCCUACACCCACAGUGUCUAUAGAAAUUCAACACUUUUUUUCUAGCAAAUUGUCGUGGGCUGUAUUUGAAAUUUUCUUCAAUGCUUAAGCAUUGCAGAAGCAUUUUUGAAAAGCCUCAUUUCAUGUCAUAACUUGCGCAACUUCCCCUAUUGCUUGUAGAAAUCCUCAUACUCCAAGGUUCUAUGCUUUAUAUGUAGUAUAACCAUUUUUAUGUAAUAUAUUGUUUGAUAAAUACACGCAGCGAAUAUUUCAUAGGGAGUGAGAUUUUCAUGCACGAUGCUCAUUCAUCUAAUGUAGUUGUUUAUUGGUAAAACAUUUACUAAUUUACUAGCAAUGGGUGCAUCUUCACCCUGAGUUUAAGGAUUUUGUAUGUCUCAAGGACUUUAUUGAAGAUAUUUCAACAUAAAAGAAUGAGCGCAAAGAGAUUUUUGUUUUGGAUGUUGAUCAAUAUAUUCAGACCAAACUAUUUUCCGUUGCUUACCCACUGUUAUGACAACAAAUAGUACAAACAGAAGCAUACCCACAUUGCACUUGGUUUUACAAAAUGUCAAACAUUAUUUUUAAUACAAUGCCUGCUAAACCAGGUGCCUUACAAAAAAAUAAAAUAAUCCAAACUUGAUCUACACCCUUCAAAGUCUUGGAAGUUUUGUAUGGAUACAAGAUUUACUAUCUUUCUGCCCACGAUGCGAAGAAUUCUGACAUUUACUCUGUCUGGUGUUUUAACAAUGUAGAGUGGUGAUCUCAUGUACUUAUGAAAAUUGUUGCUGCUUUGCCUCGGACAGUUUUCUUAUAAGUUGAAUGUAGUCUUCCUUCGAGGGAUUCAAUUCAAUAUACGGAUGUGUUCAUACUCCAAAAUAUCCUAGUGUAACACUGGGUGAGAGAGACUAUCCAAAGAGUGCUGCAAUCAUGAGUCAAAGGAACUUUGUCGUCCUUAUUUCUGUGAACCUUUUAUUGCUUUGGUAUUUAUGCUUUAAAUCUGUAAGUUGUUGCACAUGUUUGAAUUUGUAGAUUUUCUUUUUUUUUUUGGUGCCUUUUGUACUUUCCGACUUGCCAUACCAUUUAUUAUAUUUACUUUUAACCUAAAGAAAUUACUUUACCUACAGAAAUUAUUUUAGAUAUUCAUGAUACUGCAGCGAGCUAUACAUUCUUGCUGAAAUCCAUUUAGCAGACCCAGAGCGUCCACCAACGAUUUAUUUUUUUAUAUAGAACCGGUAGAUCUGCUUUGCAAAGACGAUGUCCAACCUUUUCUAACCUAUUGUGUCCCCUCCACAAAUUAUCAAGAUAAUUGUGUGCCUCUGUUCAUCAUUUUCUACUGUUCCACAAACGGCUGGGUUGCACUUUACCUGGAUCAGUGGCGCAUACAAGCAGGUGGCCUUUAGCAGCCGUUCUUCAAUGAACAAAUACGGUUUGAAAUAACUCUUAAUGACACACCGAGGUUUGCAUUGUUCAACUUUAGAUCUAUAUUAACCAUGGAGCUCCAGGAAACUGCAUAAAUAUUUUUCACUAGAGACCAAGGUAGGCAAGGUUUUAAACAUGGCAACCCCUGUAUAACACUUAAAGCGAUGAUAAUCUUGAAGUGGUGGGCCUCUGCACAUAAUCAGUUUCCUUGAUUUCUCCAAAGUGGUGCCACCGCACAGUUCCCUUUAUAUCACCGAAGGUUGAAGGGAGCACUAAUUGGAGUUUUAAACAAACAAUGCAAACAGCUGAUAGGAGUUACCACUCACCAGCCAUGGUGCUGAAUCUCAGACGUACUUGAGCUCACUCAAGAGCUGCCACUCGGCUCCUGUUGCCAUGUUUGCACGCUGCUUGGGAGCGUUGCAACUCUUUACCAGUUCCCAGAGAACUUCUCUAAAACAGUGACUGAUUUGCUUUAAGACCUGCACUAGCCACUGAGGUAUCAGUGCCAAUAAAGGCCUUGUCCUCAGUAAUGGUCACUGACGACCAUGUUUGAAUUUGAUUGAAGUGGAUUGGCCGGUGGUGGUGCUUUUUAAUAGGAUUAUUUUUACUUCAGGAAAGGCAUAGAGAUCGGUUAGAGUCGCUAGGGCUGCUGGGCAGAGAUCUCUCAUCCCUGCACUGACGUGUUGAGGUAUGUACUCCUGCAUGUGAUGCAUGCAGACCAAUUCAAUGAUUACCAAUGCCGCUGAGAAAAUGGGUAUAACCCUCUUUCCAAACACCAUAAACACAUCAUAUUCACACUGCAAUGAUAUACAUUUCCUUCCAAACUUGCCAAAUGCAAGGAGUGAGAGGGAAAUGUACCUAAAAUUUAUUUGUGGUUUUUGUAAGGUUAACUCCAAAUUAUUUUUGAAAAUCCUUACAACUCUCGAUGAGUUCUAUUUAAAACCCAUUCUAAAAACGACACAAUUCCUGCCCUUGAUGUAAUGCUUCUGAUGUUGUAUGGUAUUUAAAUUGAUAAUUUAGCAUGUAGUAGUGUGUGUACUCCCCAAGUGUAGAAUAUUUGUCACAGUAGGAAGGCUGUAUGUCAUUGCUAAAUUCUCUAUAAUAGAUCUCUUGGUAAAAUUCAUAAGAAAAUCUGCAGAAGUAUAUCUUGCUGAAACUAAUAGUAACUUGAUCCUAUUAGCAAUGUAUAUUUGUAGUUCAAAUACGUUAUCUUGACAGUUGUCAUAUAUGUUUUAAAUGUUGUGCUGGGUUUAUACUUUUGUCGUACACUUAUUUAUUUUUAUUUUUUGGGGAGGCACAAUUAGUUGGAGAACUGUUAUGGAUAAUAAGCCUUGAAAAUGUACAGAUGUGAUUUUGCCUAGGUUCAGUUGUGAACUGGCAGGGUAGCCUAGUAUUUAGUGUUGGGCCAGUAACUGAAAGGUUGCUGGAUCGAAUCCCCGAGCUGACAAGGUAAAAAAUCUGUUGUUCUGCCCCUGAACAAGGCAGUGAUCCCCAGGAGGCCGUCAUUGUAAAUAAGAAUUUGUUCUUAACUGACUUGCCUAGUUUUAAAAAAAUAAAAUUGAUUGGAAAAUGGG